CCCACCUCAGCAUCAUGAUCGCGAAUACUCUGACUUUUCUCGCACUCAACGCGUUGAUUGGCCUCUCCCAGGCCGCACUCACUAAUAGCACCGAGUGCGCCGACGUCCACUUCAUGCUGGCUCGCGGGACCACCGAGGACUACCCCGGAACCACUUACACCAUGGCGGAACUGGCGGCGGCAAACAUGACUACUCUGACUACUAACUACGAGAGCAUCAUCUACCCCGCCGUCAGCGAGACCAGCUCGGACAGCUACUUCGUUGGGCGGGCAGCGGUCGGCAGCCAGGUCAACCGCUAUGCUGCCGCGUGUCCUCGCUCCAAGAUCGUCCUGAUCUCCUACUCCCAGGGUGCCAUGAUCGUUGGUGACGCUCUUGCUGGCGGUGGCGGCGACUCGACCUUGGGCAACGCCACCGAGCCGCUGAUCUCGGAGGAGGUCUCGAAGCAUAUUGCUGCCAACGUCUACUACGGCAACCCGCGCCACGCCCCCUACCAGCCCUACAACAUGGGUAACAACACCUGGAACGUCACCGGAAAAUACCCCCGUCUCGACUACCAGAUCAACUACCUCCACGACCGUUACCGCCACGUCACCGCGGACUGGUGCAACAACGGCGAUGGCGUCUGCUCCCCCUCCGAGGGCGCAGAUAGUCUGUCGCUCCACUCGGCGUACGCGAGUGACUAUGAUCCGAUCGCUGCCGCUUGGAUUGUUGAGAAGCUUGGUGCCUAGGCUUUCGUUGCUCGGGGGGAAGGUAGGGAAAAUGUCCCUUGGGCAUUGGCGGGUCACUUCCGAGUUACUGUCGGCACUGUUCGGUGUCUACACGUGUGCACGGUUUGAGAAAGUAGUUGGUGGCUUUUUCAGUGUUGUCCCCCAAUGUCCCUAUCUAGCUUGUAUGUGGGUUCCUCCGCGACCCAACUACACAAUAUCGUUUCUAUGAUUCGGAAGUGUAGCCAGGAGGUGGCCACUAGGGCUAGCGGGUUCGUACUCUUCCAGCUUGCACUCGUCAUG